UGCGCUGCCGCGACCCAUCCGUCUGUGUGCAUCCGUUGCUAACUUCAUUUUUGUGUCCACUGUCCAGUGUCCACCAACAACAUAACACACAAAAGUCAUUCCCGGACCCCUAGGCGAACAAACUUCAACAGUUCAACAUUGUUAAUAUCGAAAUACUCGCUGUACUUGUGUAAGUCGUUGUUUGCUUAAUGUUUCGCUCCGUCGUUUUCGUUCUUAGUCAACGAUCUCAGUUCGCCCGAUCCUCGAUGCUGUCCGCCUGAGAGUCCAACAUCGUCGCCUGAUGCUCCACUUGCUGUUGUAUUGAUGUAUCGUUGGAUAUCGUAGUUGUAGCAAUGGCUUCACCGACCUCCGGACCUCCACUAAACACCCGUAUAGCCCCUCCGAUGAUACCGCCACCAGCAUUCCCUCCAUCAACUCAGAUGGGCUUUACACCAGGUGCCAUACCUCCCGGCUUUAUGGCUGCGGCACCAAUGGGCAUUGGACCGCCAGGCAUGCCACCACCGUUCAUGCCUCCGUUCAACAUGAACUUGCCAGGCGAAAUUGUUGGAGCUCCAGUAUCUUUUAACAAAUCCAUUUCACUACCAUCAAAUGAUGAAACUAAACCUACAAGUGAAUGGACUGAACAUAAGGCUCCAGAUGACAGAUUAUAUUAUUAUAAUGCAGGAACCAAACAAAGCUCUUGGGAAAAACCAGAUGAGUUAAAAACAAAAACAGAGCUACUAUUAGAUCAAUGCCCAUGGAAGGAAUACAAAUCAGAUACUGGUGCUACAUACUAUCAUAACAUUAAUACAAAAGAAGCAAGUUGGACCGUACCACCUGAAUUAGAAGAGUUAAAAAUGAAAAUUGCCUCUGAACAGGGAAUAAUUCAAGCUCCACUAAUACAGCAGUCCUUGGAAAUUCCAAUUGAUAGAGGAAUGGAUUCAACAGAUUCUGGAUCAGCUAUGGAUCAAGCAAUGGCAGCUACUUUAGCUUCUAUAGCUGUUCCUGAUGAAAAUAGACCUACCAAUAAUGUAUCUGGCAAAGGGUUCAAAUCUAAAUUCCAAGCACAAGAAGUUCCAAUUUUGAAAAAUAAACAAGAAUUAAUUGAUGCGUUCAAAGAACUUCUUAAGAAAAAGAAUAUUCCAAGCAAUGCGUCAUGGGAUCAAACUGUGAAAGUUAUUAGUCGUGAUCCACUUUAUCCACAAGUAAAGAAGUUAAAUGAAAAAAGGCAACUUUUUAAUGCAUAUAAAACACAAAAACAAAAAGAUGAAAAAGAUGAACAUCGAUUAAAAGCUAAAAAGGCUAAAGAGGAUCUAGAAAAGUUUUUUAUGAAAAAUGAAGAUGUCACGUCUAAGACAAAGUAUUACAGACUAGAAGAGAAAUUUGAGCAUUUAGAUAUUUGGAGGAAUGUGUCUGAAAUUGAUCGACGUGAUGUAUAUGAUGAUGUCAUGUUUACUUUAGCCAAAAGAGAGAAAGAAGAAUCUAAAUUACAAAAAAAACGUAACAUGAAACAAUUAGCAGCAGUAUUGGAUUCUAUGACACUAGUUGAUCAUACAACAACUUGGUAUCAAGUUCAAGAAAUGCUUCUUAACAAUCAAAAUUUUGUUAAUGAUCCAAAAUUAUUGGGCAUGGAGAAAGAAGAUGCUCUUACAGUAUUCCAAGAUCAUAUCAGAGAAUUAGAAAAAGAAGAAGAACAUGAUAAAGAAAGAGAAAGAAGAAGAAGAAAACAACAGGAGCGCAAAAACCGUGAUAACUUUGGUAUGUUUUUGGAAGAACUCCAUCAACAAGGCAAAUUAACAUCAAUGUCAUUAUGGAAAGAGUUAUAUCCUAUUAUAAGUACAGAUGUUAGAUUUUCAGCUCUUCUUGGUCAACCUGGUUCUACAGCUUUAGAUCUUUUUAAAUUCUAUGUGGAAGAUUUGAAAUCCAGAUUUCAUGAAGAAAAAAAAAUUAUUAAAGAAAUACUCAAGGAACACUCAUUUAUAGUUGAUGUAAGUACUAAAUUUGAAGAGUUUGCUCGAGUAGUCUGCUUGGAUAAACAAUCGGAAACUUUGGAUGCUGGCAAUGUGAAAUUGGCCUAUCAUGGUUUUGUUGACAAAGCUGAAGCGAGAGAAAGAGAAAGAUUACGGGAAGAAAAUAGAAGACAGCGGAAAUUAGAAACAGCAUUCCGUUCGUUGCUUAAAGAAAUGGACGUUGACUAUAAAUCUGAUUGGGAUGAUGUACGUGGACAAAUUGAGAACCACCAAGCCUUCCAAGCCAUAACUUUAGAAUCUGAAAGACUUCGUAUUUUUAAGGAAUUCAUACUUGAUACAGAAGAAGUUUGUAAUCAUCAUCAUUCUAAAAUGAAAAAAUCAAAGAAAAAUAAAAAACAUAAAAAGAAAUCUCGAUCAAAAUCAUUGGAAUCCACUGAUUCUGAAUAUAAGUAUAGAAAAAAGACCAAAGAGGAUUCGCCUGACGUCAUAAGCGAUAGUGAAAACCGAAGGCGAAAAAAUAAGAAAUCGAAAAAAAAGAAACAUUCAGAAAGUCCUGUCACCCGAUCUCGUUCUAGGUCGUCGAGUCUGAGGAGAUCUGAUUUAGAAGAUGUGAAAAAUAAGAAAAAUUCCAAAUCUGCUGAAUUGAGUGAUGACGAUUUAGAAGCUAAACGAAAAGCAUUGCUUGCUCAGUUGCAUGAUGAAAUGAACUAAAUCAAUUUAUUUUGUUGUACAUAGUUACAUUAAUAAUAUGUUUUACGUUUUAAUAUUAUAAUUUAUUUCCUGAAUAAAUUUUAAUAAUGGAAAACA